AUGUCCUCAUUAGUCAAGGAAUUAAUAAUUGAUCCUCAUAAAAGAUUAAAGUGGGGGUUCAUACCUGUCAAGAGAAUAGUGAAAGAUUUAGACGAAGCAGAACAAGAAGAAGGAUCAAUUUCAGUAAUUAGUUCUGCAACCGAUCCUGAUAAAUCAUACGAGGGUUCUCCAGUUGGCGAAGUAGACGAAUUUGAGAAAAACGGUACCCAAAAGAUCUCAGAAAGAUCAUCCAUAGAUGCAGAUUCUAAACUAGAAUCGGAAACCGAGUAUGAAUAUAGGGAUGAGGCAAACAGAAAAUGGUGGAAGUUCUUUGAUGAACAAGAAUAUCGUAUUAAUAGCACUCAAAAGACCAAAAAUAAAUGGUACAGUUGGUUUAACUCUGCUAAUUCUUAUGAAGAAAAGAAAUUAAUAUUAAAAUUAGAUAUCUUAUUGGCCUUCUAUUCAUGUAUCGCUUAUUGGGUUAAAUAUUUAGAUACAGUUAAUGUCAAUAACGCUUACGUUUCUGGUAUGAAGGAAGAAUUGAAUUUCAAAGGUGAUGAUUUAGUUCAUACCCAAGUCAUGUAUACUGUGGGUAAUAUUAUUUUUCAAUUACCAUUCCUUUUCCUGUUGAACAAAGUUCCAUUAAACUAUGUUCUACCAUGUCUGGACUUGUGUUGGUCCUUAUUAACGGUUGGUGCAGCAUAUGUCAACAGCGUUCCACAUUUAAAGGCCAUUAGGUUCUUCAUCGGUGCAUUCGAAGCACCAAGUUAUUUGGCUUAUCAAUAUCUUUUUGGGUGUUUUUAUAAACAUGAUGAAAUGGUACGUCGUUCAGCCUUCUAUUAUUUCGGACAAUAUAUUGGUAUCUUAUCUUCAGGUGGUAUUCAAUCUGCAGUUUUCACAUCAUUAGACGGAGUUAAUGGAAUGUCUGGAUGGAGAUGGAAUUUUAUCAUUGAUGCAAUUAUAUCUGUUGUUGUUGGUAUUAUUGGUUUCUAUUCAUUACCUGGCGAUCCACAUAAUUGUUAUUCCAUUUUCUUAACCGAUGAUGAAAUAAGAUUGGCAAGAAAAAGAGUUAGCGAAAAUCAUACCGAGAAGGCAGAUUUUUCAACAAAAGUAUUCGAUAUCAAGGUUUGGAAAAGUAUUUUUACCAAUUGGAAAAUUUAUGUAUUAUCUUUAUGGAAUAUAUUCUGUUGGAAUAAUAGCAACGUUGCUUCUGGUGCUUAUCUUCUAUGGGUUAAGUCUUUAGGGCGAUACUCCAUUCCAAAAGUGAAUGAUUUAUCAAUGAUUACUCCAGGUCUAGGUAUGGUUUACUUGGCUAUUGCUGGUAUUGUUGCAGAUAAAUCUCAUUCUCGUUGGUUUACAAUUUGUGCCACCCAAAUCUUCAAUUUCAUCGGUAACGUAAUUUUAGCUGCCUGGGAUGUUUCCGAAAAUGCUAAAUGGUUUGCAUUCUUUUUACAAUGUACUGGGUGGAGUAUGGCACCAGUUUUGUAUUCAUGGCAAAAUGAUAUCUGUCGUAGAAAUGCUCAAGAAAGAUCAAUUACCUUAGUUGUUAUGAACAUCUUGGCCCAAUCAUCCACCGCCUGGUUAAGUGUUCUUGUAUGGAAAACUAGCGAAUCACCUAGAUAUUUGAAAGGUUUCACGUUCACCGCCUGUUGUGCCUUCUGUCUCUCACUAUGGACCUUUGUUGUUCUUUACUUUUACAAGCGUGACGAAAAGAAACAUGCCAAGGAAAACGGUAUUAUUCUUUACAAUUCCUCCUUGGGUGACAACAAACCAAAUUCAGACCAAACCAAAGAAUGUUGA